ACAAAAACACGGGGGAAAACCUCCGAAGUCCAAACUCUCCACAACCAUGUCCGUCGCCGCAGCCGACUGGCUCCCGUCAGCGACCGUCACGGCGUCCGGCCGGCCGGUGCUGUCCGCCGGCGAGAUCGAGCGGCACCUGCUUCCGCUCGUCGACCUCGAGCCCGAGGAGAACCCCCGCCUCGCGCCCCUCCGCGGCUGCCUCCUCGCGCUCACCUCCCACCGGCUCAUCUUCCUCCACGAGGCCUCCCUCUCCGCGCGCGCCCUCCCGCUCGCGUCCAUCGUCCACCCGUACCCUCCCCACCGCAGGCACAACCAUAACCCACUCCGCUCCCUCUUCUCCUCGUCGUCCUCCUCCUCGUCGCAUCACCCGCGCAUCCGCAUCCAGAUCUCCCUGCCCCCGUCGCGGUCGGAGGUCGUCGCCGUCGUCGUCACCUGCAAGGCGGACGUGGAUGUGUUCUACGGGCGGCUGCUCGAGGCCAUCCGCGCGAGGGCCUGGGAGGCGACCGCCGCGGCUGCUCCGGCCAGUGGCGCCCCGGUGGCUGAGGGAGCCGCCCCAGCCGAGGAGGAUCUGGCGAUCAGGAUGCCCGUGGUUGGAGUGGCGGGGAUACUGCGGAAGGAGCAGGAGACGUGGGAGAGUGCGGGGCAGAACUUGCAGGAUGCCUUCCAGGAUCUCAACGCACUCAUGAGCAAAGCCAAGGAAAUGAUGGAAUUGGCAGAGAAGAUGAGGCAAAAGCUAUUGACGAACUCAUCUGCUCAAUCGAAUUCCAAUGACGAAGAGAUGGGUUCUAAGCAAGACAUGCAGGAUUUGCUAUUGAGCGUAGGCAUCGUGUCUCCUGUGACAAAGGAAACUGCUGGUGCUUUGUACCAUCAGCAGCUUUCACGACAGCUGGCUGACUUUGUAAGAGUACCAGUUGAGAGAGCAGGUGGUAUGAUGGCACUAGUCGAUGUCUACUGUCUCUUCAACCGUGCUAGGGGAACAGAGUUGAUCUCACCAGAGGAUCUUUUGCAAGCUUGCUCCCUUUGGGAGAAAUUUGAUGUCCCAGUGAUGCUCCGGAAAUUUGACGGUGGAGUGAAGGUGAUCCAGACCAAGACGCAUAGUGAUGAUGAGGUAUUUGCAAGAAUCUCAUCACUCGCACAAAAGCCGGAUGCUCUUCUCAAAGGAAUAAGCCCCAGCGACGCUGCAUUCACACUGGGGAUUGCACCAGCUUUAGCAAAGGAGCAUCUUCUAAAUGCAGAAAACAAAGGUCUACUCUGCAGGGAUGUCAGUCCAGAUGGGUUCCGUUUCUACAUCAAUUUGUUUAACGAGAUUGAUCUCCAGAAUAUUCAUUUGCCAAAAACUCAUGGACUAUACCACACUUGGAUAUCUGUGGCAACGGCAGCACAUUGACACAGUUUUGGUAGAGGUGGAUUCAGGUGAUUGAACUUUGAUGUGACUAUUUUGCCUGAAUACUCCCCUGUGUUGUAUCUCAUUUACUUCCUCUGUAAAGUAACAUAAGAGCGUUUAAAUCACUACUUAAAUCACUACUUUAGUGAUCUAAACGCUCUUAUAUUACUUUACGGAGAGAGUGCAAAUUACAAGACAUAACGUUUUCAUCAUUUGGUUGACAAAUGACUUUUGGUGUGCUGUAUAUGUAAGUUGAGCUGAGGAUUUUGGAUGGUUUUUACCAAGCCACAAAGAGUUUCAACAAAGGCAUGUAAUGGGGUACUGCAAAGUUGGGAGUUAAUAUAUCCUGAUACAAGCUACUGCAGAAA